AUUAUUGUCCAGACAGCUCUCUACAGCUUAGUGUAGUUUUGUGACUGCAACGGAGACUACAGACGAGACCCACUGAUCGCAAUGGGCCAACGGUCGCUGAUCUGUGUGCCGCUGUUCCUGUUGCUGCUGCUUCUGGGGAUGCUGCAAAUCGGAACCCUGGCCAGACCCACACCCACACCCACACCAACAACAUCUCCACUGAGGAGAGACCCCCAAUCGCUGGCACUGCUGCGGGCGCGUGACCUGUGCAGUGUAAACCUGAGUCACGCCCAGCGAGUACGCAUGGAUCGGAUGCAGUAUGAUAAUCUGCCGCAUGUGCAGCGAUACGUUCACUGCUUCUGGGCACGCCUGCAACUGUGGCACGACGACACUGGAUUCGAUGCCCUGCGCAUUGUCCACAGUUUUGGGGGACCACGGCGACUAAAUGUGGAGCAGGCACUGCCGGCCAUCAAUGACUGCAAUGCAAAGGCGCGAAGAGUGUCGCGUGGACUGGUCUUGGACUGGUGCUACAGGGCCUUCGCCUGUGUGCUGAGGACACCGGUGGGCGAUUGGUAUCGCCGGCACAUGACCGAUGUCAUCAAUGGUAAUGCCUAGGGGGAUGUCCACAUCGGUUCGAAUAUAGCAUUAGCAAGUAAGCUGUAGAGAAACUUCACAUUUUCAGAUAGGAGAUAGCUGCCAAAAUCACUCAAAAUAAUGUUUGUUAAAACGAUUCGUAGUCAUAUCACGGCGAAGCCGUUUG